AUGACAAUAGUCAACCACCGAAGAAGCUCUACAUCAGGAGAACCAUCACGCCACGAUGUCCAGGUCUCUCGAGAUGCCGACGUCCUCGCCACGCUCGGACACACCCAGGAGCUUCCGCGCCAGUUCAACCUAUGGAGCAUGUUAGCACUCGCCUUCACGGUGCUGGGGACGUGGUCGACGCUUGCGCAGAAUCUCGCAUCGGGGCUGACGGCAGGCGGACCCGUCAGCAUCCUCUGGGGGUUGGUGUUGGUGACGGCGUGCAACCUGUGCGUGGCCGUGUCGCUGGGCGAAUUGACGAGCGCGAUGCCCACGGCCUUGGGCCAGGCGUACUGGAUCUUCCGCAUCGUGCCUACGCCGACGGGCAGGUUCGUGUCGUACAUGUGUGCAUGGAUCAACACGUUCGGUUGGUGGACGUUGACAGCGUCGCAGACGGCCUUUAUGACGAACUUUAUCCUCGCCAUGAAGACUCUGUUCCGCCCGGACUGGGCCGGCGCAACAGGGUACGGCCACCACUGGCUCUCGUUCCUCAUCUACGUCGGCCUCACGGCGCUGCUGACCGUGGUGAACAUCGUCGCGUGCCGCAAGGACCGCGUGCUGCCGUGGAUCAAUAACGUCGUCGGCGUCCAGUUCACGCUGCUGUUCCUGGCGUUUGCGCUGGCGCUGCUCAUCUCGGUCGGCAUCAAGACCGAGUCUGGGCGCACGCCGGUCGCGUACCAACCGGCCUCGUUCGUCUUCGGCGCCUGGAUCAACAACACGUCCUGGCCCGGCGGCGUCGUCUGGUUCACGGGUCUGAUCCAGUCCGCGUACGGUCUGACGGCGUUUGACGCCUGCAUCCACAUGGUCGAGGAGCUCCCGGCGCCGAGCCGCAACGGGCCCCGCGUCAUCUGGCUGUCGGUCCUGAUCGGCGCCGUCUCAGGCUUCGUGUUCAUGACCGUCUGCCUGUUCUGUGUGCAGAGCAUCGACGACCUGACGGCCGCGGACCUGCCGUUCGUCGAGCUGUGCCUCUCGACCGUCGGCCGCACAGGCGCUGCCGUACUGCUGGCCCUGUUCAUCGUCAACGGCGUCGGGCAGAACAUCAGCAUCAUGACCACCGCCAGCCGCUUGACCUGGGGGUUCGCGCGCGACGGCGGACUGCCGUGGCACAAGCACCUCGCCGUCGUAAGCGACCACUGGCGUGUCCCGGUGCGUGCGCUGUGCGCUCAGGGCAUCUUGAUCGCCGUCGUCGGCGUCCUGUACCUGUUUGCCAACACGGUCCUGCAGGCCAUUCUGAGCGUGAGCACCAUCGCCCUGACCGUCUCGUACGGCAUCCCGAUCGUCGUCCUGUUGGCCAAGGGGAGGGACAAGCUGCCUGUGCGCGGGGAGUUCACGCUGGGCCGGUGGGGCGUCGCUGCGAACAUCGUCAGCGUGAUAUACUGUGUCGUCACGACCGUGUUUUUCUUCUUCCCCACCGAUCCGAACCCGGCACCCGCGGAUAUGAACUGGGCCAUUGCCGUGUUUGGCGUCAUGUUGGUCAUUGCCCUUGGAUUCUGGUUCGUCCAGGGCCAGCGCUCGUAUCUCAGGACCGAGGAGGCCAUGUUGAGGAGCCUGAUCAGCCAGGCUGGCCAAGAGGAUGUACUGGGCACCGUCUCUGUGGAGGAAGACGAUGCCACCACCAUUAAGACUGGCGAAGAUCAAUCCAUCAAGAUUGCUGGCAACUCACAUGAGACGAUUGGACCUGGUGGUGAUCGCCAGGGCAAGAAACAUGUAUGA